UGACACUGAAAGGCAGCUCAGAUGGGCACUGAUAUGUGGCAUUGAUGUGCACUGGCAUGCACUGAUAUGUGGCAUUGAUGUGGCACUGAUGGGCACUGGCACGUGGCACUGAUGGGCACUGGCACUGAUGAGAAUUGGCAGGUGGUGGGGCACACUGAUCUGGGGCCACACUGAUCAUCAGUGCACUGAUGAUCAGUGUACAUGUCCCCUCCGCGGAAAGCCACGGAGGAGAGAAAUGCUGAUAACCGGCAUUUCCGUGUUUACAUGUGAUCAGCUGUGAUUGGACACAGCUGAUCACAUGACCGAGCCGACAUCUUCGGC